AUGUUUUCUCUUCCAACUGAAGUUCGACUUGAUAUAUUAAAAUGCCUUAAUUUCAACCAAUUAUUUUAUCUAAGACAAACCAAUUCUUACUUUUACAAUUUAAUCAAUAAAUGUGAAGAACAUUUAGCAAAGAAGAAAUUCAGCCAACUUGUAAAUAAAAAACUUAGUGCUAAAGUCUUUCAAAACUCUAAAUCCAUUAAACAAUCUGGAAUUUUUAAAUUUACGUUAAAUGAUCAACUUAAGAAGAAGUGGAAAGCAGCAUUAGCUAAUUCAAUUCCGUUGUAUUUAGAUCAUUCAACAAUUCAGAGGCCAAUUGUUGUCAGACUUGAAAAAAUCGAGGAUGAAGAGCAUCGUCUCUUGUGUUUGCCAAACUUUCCAAAAAAUAUCAAGCAUCUUGUUGAACUUCGUUGUUGGUUUGAACAUAUAUUUGGAUGUGCUUUUAAAUAUCCUUAUGCUGGUCCUAGAUUUAAUCCAGAACUGAUCAAGUUACUAUUUGAUGAUGACAAAACAAUUCCUCAUCAAUUUCUUAAUCAAUGAAAUUUAUAUUUCUAUGGGAACUUACAUGGUUUAGGUAUCCUUUUUUAGCGACGCCCCUUUUUCCUUUUCCAUUAUUAAUCAAACAAACUAAAUAUGUACAGGUCGGUUUGCCUUCUUUCUUCCUCGAUCUCACUCAAUUUUCCCUGAGGCAUGUUCA